AUGACUUUCCCGACGUUUCCCACCUACCUCGUCCCUUCCAUACCCUUCCGCCGCCGCCAAUCGAGCAGCGCAAGCAGCGUCUCCAGCAACAACUCACCACCCUCGACAUCCUACCUCACCAACACGACCUCCCACCUCCGCUGUAGCCGUUGCCUCUCCGACCUAGCCUUCACCUCGCAGAUCGUCUCGAAAGGCUUCACCGGCCGGCACGGACGAGCCUACCUCGUCGCACCCUCCACCUCCCCGUCGUCCCUCAUCGACAUGUCCCUCCCAGUAAAUUCCAACAAUGCGCGAGCCUUCAACGCCGCCCUCCCGAACCUCCCCAAUACCUUCACCGACCGCCCCGUGCCCCGCCAACUCGUCACCGGCGCACACACGGUCAGCGACGUCCACUGCCGCACUUGCGGCGCUUGUCUCGGAUGGAAAUACGUCGCCGCGGAACAGGAGAGUCAACGGUAUAAGGUCGGCAAAUUCAUCCUGGAGGCAAAGCGGGUUUAUCGGGAUGGGUCGUGGGCGUUGGACGAUGUCGACGAGGGAGCAGGCCGUGCUGGGAAAGGUGGUCUGGUAGAGGACGACGUGGAAUUCGACAGCCAGGAUGAGGAUGAGUGCGAGGCGCUGUUCAUGGGCGUGUGGACGCCGCAGAUGGCGACGCAGAUGCGCAAGUCGAAGGACAGCAUCGCUCGCGUCGAUGAUUAA